GUCACUCAAGUGAAAGAUGUAAAGUCUCAUUUACACUGAGCGUUCAUUUGGUGUUUCAUUACGUUUUCGGGAGAUUUUACCCAAGAAUAAUGUAAAUCAAACGAUAUCUCAAUUGUAACACUAAAAUUUCAUCAGAUGAUCAUUUUUUCGCAGAAGAAUUCAUUUCAAAUUGAAAGAAUUCCACCAAUUUGGGAACCGCGUAUUAAUGCAUCAUCGAAUGUGAAUGAUGCUUAAUGCCCAUUUUGUUUUUUAUUUUUAUUGUCAAUCAGGUUUUUUCUCGUUCCCGAUAGCAUUGCCAACGCCAUAGCACAACUUUUACAAUUAUUUAGUGUGUGUAAAUUUUAAGUGCUUCUCGCUGUGUGUUUGCGAAAUAAUUCAGUGUUUGCGAGCCAUAGCAAAAUUUACCUAUGAUAUGUGGUGCAAAUUGAAUAAAAUUCGUGUGCCGAUCCAUAGUGGAAGUGAAAAAAUUGAAUAACUUAUAGAGAAAGUAGUUUUCGGUAAGCGAAUCAACACCAUUACAACGACUUGACAAAAUAUGCUCAAUCAAAUGGCAUCAACGAGUGUCGAGCCAAAAAUGUAUUCGGCCACUUACGUCGAAAACUAUUUGGAUUCCGUGGAUAAUUUACCGAACGACGUACAACGGUACUUAACCCGAAUCCGCGAAAUUGAUUUGCAAUGCCGAGCUCAUUUACGUGACGUCGAUUACUACUACGACCAGUGGUCCAACUGCUCAACCACUGAACUCGAAUCUACAAAUGCCCCAUCGAAACGGGCCCGUGCAAUGGCGCGCAUUCAACAGAAUUUGAUUGCCGCUCAGGAAUUGGGCGAUGAAAAGCUACAAGUCGUUACACAAUUACAAGAAAUGAUUGACCAAAAGACGCGUCAAUUGGAUGCCGAUUUCAAAAAUCUUGAUUACGCUGACAAGGAUGAUCCAGCUUUGAUGGAUAAUUCACCAAAGGAUAUGCAUCCAUCCAGUCCGUCGUCAUCAUUCGUACCUUCGUCCACCAACGCUCAAAGGAGCGACGAAGGCUCGGUGGCUGGUUCUUCAGGCACAUCAUCUUCGCUCAACAACGAACGAAACAGUGGAAAUCAUUCGAACUCUUGCAAUGCCAAUACAUCUGGUUCACACAUUGCCGAUCGCAAUUCGAAACGUUCACGCCGUGCGCGUGAAACCGCAUCACGCAGCGGAAACAACAACAACACUUUCUCAAACAUGUCAAAAACAUCACAGAUCGACUUGGCAAGCGAUUCGAACAAUUCUAAUUCGAAUCAAUCAAACAAAAACGCAGGCGCUCCUGGCCAACCAUUGAAUACUGGCGGCUCUUCCAAUUCAAAUCGCAAACAAGGCGGAAACAAUGGUGGCGGCAGCAACAACAACAAGAAACGUAAACGCAAGUCAGCUCGCUCGCAGAAUGGCGGCAACGGUGGAAACAAUUCUAACAAUUUGAGCAACACAAGUCAAUCGAAUGCACGCUUACACGAUGAAACGCCGCCGCUCGAAGAAACCAUCGAUCCAGAUGAACCGACCUACUGUUUGUGCGAUCAAAUUUCGUUCGGCGAAAUGAUUUUAUGCGACAAUGAUUUGUGCCCUAUUGAAUGGUUCCACUUUUCUUGCGUAUCACUGACGACAAAACCGAAAGGCAAAUGGUUUUGUCCGAACUGUCGUGGCGAUCGGCCGAGUGUGAUGAAGCCGAAACAGCAAUUUCUCAAAGAAUUGGAACGGUAUAACCGUGAGAAAGAAGAGAAAACGUAAAAAAACACUAUCUUCGCAACCGCCUACGAUUAUGGCAUCUACGAAUUCGACUUAAUUUUUAGCCAAUUCCCACUUUCACUUUUUGGUUUUUGUUUUCAUAAUCACUUUAAAUUCAUCUAAUUAUGGUACAAACCCAUUCUCAUCUUUUUAUAGUAACGCAUUCGAAUCGAUUCAAACCAAACCAAAUGCGAACUGGUUAUUUUCAAAUAAUUUCGACUGAAUGUCAAGGAAUCAUUUCAUCGAAAAAAUUCAAUUUGUGUCAAUACAUUGUUUUGCUUUGUUCCUUCGAAACAGUCGAAAAUCAUUUUCAUUGUGCAUUUAGAUCAUUGACUUUAGUCGCCAUACUUGAAAUUCUAUGUUCAACAUGAAUCAAAAGAUUAUUCUGAAAAUUGAAUAAAACAAAACAAAACAAAACUAAAAUAAA